CUUCCAGGCUCACAACACAAUUGCAUGCAAUCACCACAGCUUAAUAGUCAUAGUUACAAUCUUUACCUUACCGCUCUCCAACUCUUUUUAUCUAAUUUUUUUACCUUGGCAAGCAAGUUUUAAUCAAAUUGUAGCACAUAGUUUUUGAUUAAAAGUGUUGCAAUUAACCAACAAUAACUGUUCAAUGUUACCUUUUGACAUUGUCAAACAAUUUGUUCACCUUUAAUGAUAAAACACACACAUUCACACAAAAAGCAACAAAAAAGCAUGUGGCUCAGUUGAAUGAUGUUAACAGUGUUAACAUCAAUUUUCAAAAGUAACAUGCAAUGUUUCAACUAAAUUUAAGCUAAAAAUUAAUCAAUCAGUUGUUCAUUUAUUCUUGUUUAACAAAUCAACAAAAGAGGAUUUAAAGUUUAUAAAUCAGUAGUUAAUUUGCGCUUAAUGAAAAGAAGUGGCUGUGAUAAUUGAAACUCAAGUGAUACCGUAACAUGUGAAUUUGCCAUUAAAUUUUGUUCAAUCCCAAAUGUAAUGUGGAAAUGUCGACACAUGAAUAUGCACAGAAUUCAAUAGUUGAUGGUUAUAAUUUUGCUGCAUACCAAUCAGUACUGGUCAAUCCUCAUCAUUACUGUGACAAUGGUCAUCACAUCAAGUCGUUCAUACCAUUUGAUACCCAUUCCAGUGCCACCAGUGAAACCUUUACUUCGACGAACCGUCAAAAGAUUUUUACGUCUUCUUCCGUCAAUAUUGUUGCUACUCUUUGUCGUCUCCUUGAUAUUUGUCACUCUCAUGCAAAUUGCAGUUAUCCACACUAAUCGACGUCUAACGGUUAAUAAGAUUUCCUCCUUUUCCACUCCUUCAUCGUCACCCUCAUCUUCAUCUUCAAACUCAUUAUCUUCCACCUUGUCACCAAUACCAAUGUCAGCAUCAAUCGGUUCACGUCGAAAAGUGAAUCAAAUUCAAUCAUCUGGAAAUGGGAAUAAUGUGUUCACCUCAUCAAAUGAACAUUAUUCAGUUAGUGAUAAUACAAUUAAUGAAAAUAUUUCAAAGGAUAAAUUGAAUAGUUCAGUGUUACCCUCCAUAUCAUCUCCAUCAUCAAUUGGCUUACAAGAACCAAAGAAACCUCAACUACUUCGGAUUGAAGCUCUUCUCGAUAAAACUACAGCAUCUAGAGAUCAAUCAAAUUCAAAUUAUUUUCAAAAUUUGGUCAACGCACAGCGAGUCAAGAUGAUAAUCAAAAGUAUUAAAGCGCAUCGUAAAGCUGGUUUACUGGCCAAUGGUUUAGUCAAAUUCAAUGCUAGUUCAUCAACCGAUUCCCUUCAAACUUCCUCACCAUCCAUGGCCUUUCCACGUGUGCCCAGUAAUCAGUUGAAAGAUUCACUUCCAUCAAAGAGUAACCAUUCAAUGGAAUACCUUGACAUGUCAUCUCCAGCAGUUCAAGGGUCACACAAAUUAUCAUGCCCUUUGGUUCCUCAUCAAUUAGUUGGUCGAACAAGAAUUGAUCUUGAUGUUUCCAGCGAUUCCUGGAUGAAAGAAGAAUCAGAUUGGCAUUCGAAUCUAGAGUUGGGUGGAUCAUGGGAACCGGCCGACUGUUAUCCUCGUCACCGAGUGGCCAUUAUAAUUCCUUAUCGUGAUCGUCUUCAACAUCUUCGUAUACUUUUACAUCAUCUUCAUCCUAUCCUUCAACGGCAAAUGCUGAGUUAUAAAGUUUAUGUUAUUGAACAGUCGGGAAAUGAAACGUUCAAUAAAGGCGUUCUGAUGAAUGCUGGUGUUAAGGAAGCCUUAAAAGACAACGAUUAUCAUUGUUUCAUCUUUCACGAUGUUGACCUGAUUCCUGAAGAUGAUCGUAAUCUUUACUCUUGUCCAUCCGAACCUCGACACAUGUCUGUAGCCGUCGAUAAAUUCAACUAUACACUUCCCUAUUCAUAUCUGGUUGGAGGUGUUUUUGCCAUAACCAAAGCCCAUUUUGUUCUGGUAAACGGUUACUCUAAUCUUUACUGGGGCUGGGGAGGUGAAGAUGAUGAUAUGGCUUACAGAUUAAAGUUUCACAAUUUAAAGAUUACUCGGCCACCUGAAUCAGUUGGACGUUAUACGAUGAUUAGACACAGUCACCGAGCUGAAUCUCCUGAUAAUGUUAGAACUGCGUUAUUAAGGAUGGCAAAGCGUCGGGCAGUUCGUGAUGGCCUUAAUUCGGUUCGAUAUACGGUUGUGGAUAGGAAAGAGACACUCGAUUAUAGCCAUUUUGUUAUUGAGAUUGGCUCUGUCCAUAGAUGGUCUUUUCCUUCACCAAACAAAUUGGUUAUACAUUUUUAACCAACCUUAAAGAUACAAAUCAAAGAUAAAUUAUUGUUACUAUUGUCCAUCCUUUAAAUAUAUAUAUAUAAAUAAUUAAAGAAAAAGUACUUUUUUCCCUUUUUUAAUCACAAUUAAGCAAAAUAAAAUUGUCUUUACAUUCAUUGAACCUUUAAGUAAACUGUUAAUUGAAA